CCUUGAAGUUCCGCUUUAUAAAGCCGUUCUAAACAAGCAUCGUUCAGAACUUCUCGUACAGGGCCACUGCAAGGGAAAGCUCGCAUUCACACAGGGCAACCGGGUUGCAGGACUAGUGCUCUCUGCAACAGCACACUAGAAACAACGGACCGACCAGAAAACUUAUUAGCAAACAUGGGGCCAGCGAAACUCCUUGUGCUAUUCGCUUUCUUCUCUACAUCGUGUGCUGCGAUGUUCUACAGGACUGAUGAUCCAUGUGACUUCACGGACAUACACCUAGACGACGAAAUGUUUUCCACGCUCCUGGCCAAGCUCCCGGAAGGUCUCGAGUAUGGCUCGCAGAGGUUCCGCUAUGUCCUCCCAGGAAUUGAAGUCGGUGGAAUGACUGUGCAUGGCCUGAGCAAGCUCCGCCAGUUCGGACCCGCAAUUCCUUACUGCUCCAAAGGAAAGCGCAUGGUGCAAGUGGACUUCUACAAUACUCAACCCAUAGAUUUCAUCUCGCCAUGGAUGGCUUGCUCAGACGAUAAAGGAAAGCUCAGUCUUAGCGCCGAGCACACGCGGUUCACAGCCCAAUUUAUCAUUGCCGAGUCCUCUGGCGAAGGCGUGAAGCUGGAAUUCGAGCGUGCACUCCCUGUUACAACGCAGAACAUCCGCGUUGUUCUCGAAGGCCUUGGAGAUGGCGUGGGCGUCUUUUUUGAGGCUCUCAGCGCGCUUAUUCCAAGUUUACUUGAAGGAGCUUGGAACGCCCAAUUUUCGCAUAAUCUUGAGAAGGCCUUCCGUAUGGCCCUUGAGUGACAUAAGGAGAAGGACAUAUAUUUGUGUCACCUCACCGAAACUAAACUGAAAACACAACGAACACAACCUUCUAAAAAUAUCGGUUUUCUUUAUUUCAAGAAAGUUAAUAAAAUUGCUCACGUUUAUGAAGUGA